AUGUCGGCAACUCAUCCGCAACGCCGGCAGCGCAAACACGUAAACUACGCGGACGCGCUCAACGACGACGACGAUCAGGGCGAGGGCAAUCCCACCAUGUCCGACCCGAGGAAGCGGCUCGCAGCUGGGCCCAAGCUGUACCAGGUCGCCCGGAUCACGCAACUCGCCAUGGACCAGGACACGGGAUCUGCAGAAGAUGCCGACGCGUCGAGCAAGCUGGACAAGGUCGAUGCCGGCAUCCUCUCGCGCAUCCAGAAGUCGCUGCGCCUCGCAAAGCACCCGGGCACCGGCGAGGCAGAGGCGCGACAGGCGCUCCGGCUCGCCACCCGGCUCAUGGCAUCCCAGAACCUCACCCAGGCGGACCUCAUCGCCUCCGAGGACCAGGAAACCGCCCAGGCCCGCGCCGGCAUGAGCGAGGUCGAAAUCACCUCGACCACCGGCGCCAUGGUGCGCAACGAGAGCUGGGCCAACCGCAUCGCCAUCGCCAUCAACCUCUUCUUUUCCGUCAAGGCGUACUCGACCUCGCACGUCGGCAGGCACAGGCUCACCUGGACCUUCUACGGCCUUGCCAUCAACACCGUCGCCGCGGCCACGGCGUUUGAAAUGGUCCACAACCAGGUCCUCACCUGGGCCGCCGACAACCGGCUCGCAAAGGGCCGCACCGGCAAGAACUCGUACUGCCAGGGCGUCGCAGCCGGCCUCGUCGACAUGGCCAGAAAGGAGAAGAAGGAGGAGCUGCAGCUUGCCAUCGAGGCAGAGAAGAAGCGGCUCCGCCAGGCAACCAAGGAGGAGAAAGCAGCACGGCAGAGGGACAUCGACCGGCUAGAUGGUCCCACCGCGUCGCGGCAGGCAAAGGUCGAGGAGGCGGACGAGGUCGACGAUGUCAAGCCCGUUAAACGCUCCCCUUCCGAAGAGCGAGGCGGUCUGGGAGCCGGCGAACCGGUUCGUCGACGCGUCAAACCGGAGCGGCCCGACUAUAGCAGCGGCCUGAAACGCGAAGGCACGCCGGGCGACUACGGAGAUGACUAUGACGAUGGCGGCGGAGGGUACGAUGACUCUCCUGGCCUCCCGCUCGAGUCCGAGGCCGAUGUCAAGCCCGACUUUGACGAGGAGCUGGAACGGGACAUCAUCGAUCUCACCAACGACAGCGACGACGAGGUGGACGUCAAGGUCAAGCCCGAACCGGGGCGAGGCUACGGCGUCAAGAAGGAGGAGGACGGGUUGCAGGAGCAAGAGGCGGAGCAGGCGAGCUGGAGGGAUUCCGGCCAGCUGAUCCAGUUCCGACAGAAUGCGGAAAAGAUCGCCGACGACUUCCUCCAGUCGCAGCACGGCGGCAAGCUGAAGCUGCGCAAACGUCAGGCUUCCUCAUACGUCAAGGACGCACAGGCCUAUGAACAGGGCCGUCGAGAUGCGAGCAAGAUUGACGUUAAACGACGUCGGAUCCAGGGCGGUGAUGCGUGA